AUGGUCUCUUUCUGGCAAAAGAAAGAUGAGCCUGACAGGCCUGGAUCGUCUCGCUCUCGGGACGAAGGGCAUGGGAGUGGGCCCGCAACAGAACAUGAAGAGCCAACUGAGCGUUCGAGGUUGCUACCGCAAAGUAAUGAUCAAGGAUACCUGAGCCCUGAUGAUCCUGCUGUCUCCCCGUACAAUCUAUGGAGUGUACGGGCGUUACGAGGACUGGCUCUCAUUGCACUAGCUGCGAGCUUCAUGUGGUGGACCUUCCUGUUGGUGUCGAUAUUCGUCAGUCCACCACUGAUGCACUCUCGGGGCUCUGGCUUUUUCGCCUUUUCCUACAUCACCCUGACAGCGGGCUACCUCGUGCUCGGUCUGCUGUUCUUUGUUGUCCCCUCAAAACCAAUGACUGUCUGUGGCAUUAUUCUUGCCGUUCUUCUCCUGAUUGAUACGUCUAUCAUCGUUGGCAUACCGGAAAUUCGCUUUGAAGAAGGCUGGGUUGGUAUUGCUUCCGUCGUCUGGGCUCUUGUCAUUUCCGUCUACCAGAUUCUUCAGAAUCAAGUAGUGACACGCGGCAAACGGGAGGAAGAGGAGCGAUUGACUGGUCGUGAAGAGACCCGCCGCUCUCUUCGAGAAUGGUUUGCUGUUCUCGCUGAGAUAGUCAUCCUGGCUAUCAUGACCUUUGCGACACUGCUGUUCACGGCAACGUUGAUCUUGCGUGCUCGGGAUGCUUCACUCGAGCCUCCUGGAAAACGGUACUCAGUUCAUGGGGACACGUAUCAGGUCCAUUUAGCAUGCGUUGGAAAUCGCACCAGUGAUCCUCAUGAGCCAACAAUCCUCGUGGAGGGCGAUUAUGGCCCUGUUGAACAUACAUUGCAACCAUUUAUCGACGAUGCGUACCAGUACGGAGCUAUUAGCAGGUACUGCUACUGGGACCGACCUGGAUUCGGGUGGUCAGAUAACGCACCAUCACCACAUUCAGCAGGCAUGUCUGCAGACGUUCUAUCCGAAGCCUUGGCGCUGGCUGGUGAAUCUGGACCUUGGGUCGUGGUUUCUGCUGGUGUCGGCAGCCUGUAUUCUCGACUGUUCGCUAGUCGCCGUCUUCUAGAAGUCAGCGGCAUCUUCCUCAUUGAUCCGCUCCACGAGGCGUAUCUUGCUGACAUUGGCCAACCUAACCGGGGAUUCAUGCUAUGGCUCCGUGGCAUCCUAUCACCUCUAGGCUUGGAUCGUCUUGCAGGGGCUCUCUUUCGAGGACGCACCCGUGAAGACCGAGUCAUCGGCCGCUCCGCCUAUCAAACUGGAAAAUUCAUCAAGGCUAAACUACAAGAGAAUCUCGUGGCAGUCACAAUGACUUCGGCUGAAGUACAGUCUGCUCGGCAUAUUCAGAUGGGUGCUACUCCUUUAAUUGUGGUGAGCUCGGGUCGUAAGAUGAGAGCAGACCCGGAGUGGGCCAAGAGACAGGAAGAUCUUUCGCAUAUUACGAAUAAGCUACUUUCCUGGGACGUUGUUCACGAUGCUCCACAUGAAGUGUGGACCGAUGGGGAAGGAAGACAGGUUUUGGAUAGUCGACUGAAGGAUAUUGUUCGGGCAAGUCGCGAACACAAGUCUUAG